AUGGAGCACUUCUGGUGGAAUAGACGAAAGAGCAGUCAAGCCAGUAGAGUAGUUCGUUCAGGCAGUAGGUCUGAAGGCAAUCGUCUGGGCACACGCGUGGAUAGCUUCGGUAGUCGCUUGAGCAGUCAGACAGGAAGCCAUUGCAGUAGUGGCAGCCGUGGUGCCGGUCGCGGCAAAGAGCUCGAGUUCCAGUUCUUUAUAAGACAAACUGAGACACUCUACCCCCCGUGGUGGACACACGAAAGAGCUGUCGCCUGGUUCCGGGACCUCCCUGAUGAUACUCUGUGGAACUGCUAUAUCUGUGCCUUAGUCUUGUUGGGGCUCGUAUGGACCGUCGCCCAUCUGCAAAAUAUGUACAUCGAUAUCAUUGACGUCAUCUAUAACGUUUCCUACGCCAUCCAUAUCUUCGCAAUUGGCUACAGAAUGCUUUCUGAACGGGAAAGCACCGAUAUAACCUGUUGGAUAGCCAGGUCUCUGAAUGACUACAACCUUAAGGGCAGUAUACUGGGGACCACCUUGAAAUACUGCUAUAUAUUCAUGGUGAUGCGAAUCACGUGGGCUUAUGUUUGGUUACACGUGGAGGUGAUCGAACCUUCUUACUACAUAGUACAGUCGAAUUCGACUAAUACCACUGCAAAUGAUUCGAAUCAGACUAACACCACUACAAUUAGACUGAACACUAUAGGAGGGGAUUCCGGCAACCCCGCGGGAGAGUUCCUCACAGCCGUCUAUACUAUCAGCAAGAUGUUCAUACCUAUCGGUCCAUCUUCUCAUCCGGAUAAUGAUAUAAAGCGUAUCUUCUGCCUCAUGAUCAUGGUGUCAGGUUGCCUGGUGGUAACUGGAGCCGCUGUGGCUUCUCUGUCUCUCAUCAUCAGUUUAUACAUGAGGCCUGAAGAGACAUUCCGGUCAAGGUACAGGCUUAUCAUGAAAGAAAUGACGGAUACAAAGGUUCCACCAGCUCUCCGGGAAAAGGUUGAGUCUUUCUACAAGAUGUACUGGCACAAACAACGUGCUGUGUCCAAGACUCGGCUAUUGCCAACGUUUCCACCAACCCUGCCUGCUACUAUCAACCUCGAUAUUUAUUUUGAAGCAACACAGAAGACACGAAUUCUUCGAGAUCUGCCACAUCAGAUGCUGUCAGAGCUUGCCAAGAAGAUGAUGACUAUUCAUUACAUCCCCGGAGACGCCAUUAUCAAGCGAGGAUCUAAGAAGUGCAGGAUCAUAUACAUCACUUAUGGAGACGUCGAAAUGUUAACAGCGGAGGAUGACACGACAGCGAUAUUGCGUUUGACGCGUGGUACUAUACUGACUCCGUGUGGCGGGGCAGUUGCAGAAGCUCUCACCAGCUCACACUUGGCUGUAAGGGCUGCCACUUUCUGCACAGCACACGUGUUGAAAGCUAGUGAGAUGUGGAUAAUAGUCUGCAAGUACUCCGUCGCUCAGGACCACGCAGGACCAAUUUUGGCUUCUUUUACAGUUCAGCACAAGAGCAGUAUCUUGCAGUUCAACCGCAACUUGAUAGCGUUGAAGACCAUGAAGGAUAGUCAGGGAGUUCCCUUGCUGGCUAGCCCUGACAUCUUCCUGGAGAUUGCUGGCUGCUACAUAAUGAGGAAUGCUCAUCCAUACCACUUAAUUUUCAAGAGUGCUGUAUCCAUGGAGUUCCGUUUCUUUGAUUUUGCGAUGACCAUUGUGUAUGUGUUGGAUCACAUCGUGUACUUGUCGACGGGUGCUAACGUUGAAGAGGGAGUCCCAAUAACAUUUGCUCAGACAUCCUCCAAACAGAUGCGCAGUCAUUGGUUUGUUUUGAACGUGGUGGCCACGCUGCCUAUCUUCGAGUUCGUUGGUGAUGGACACUUCGCUGGCAUCAAUAAACUCCUCAGCUUGCCGAAGCUGUUCCGUGUGCUGAAGUGCUUGGAGGAGAGUAGUGGGUACCGCAGUAACGUUUUGCGUUUCCUGUCCUAUUCUCUGCUACUGCUCAUUGCCUGCUACCUAAUUGCCGCCAUACAGCAGGGUUUUAUGUGCUUCCAGGCUAAUUACUGUUUAGUGACCAACUUCACGCAUUCACCUUUCUGGGAAGAAAAACCUCUGGACGACGAAACUAUAUCCAGCAGACUAAUUUUCGGACUUUACUGGGCUAUAUCUAUGAUUAACUUUACAAAUCACAGGCAGACUUGGGCAGCGACUGAGUGGAAGCAUGUCAUCUAUACCUUGUUCAUCCUGGAGAUCUGCAUCGUACUACGUAUCUUCAUGGAAGCUGUAUACUCUGCCACAAUUAUGGUCACUACUGCUCCUAGGGAAAAUUACAGUGCUCGUAUAGAAACGGUGAAAAGUUUUCUGGUUAGAAAUGAAGUGGAUCCACAACUGAGGAAGAGGUUCAUCACUUACCUAGAACUGUGUUGGUAUACCGACAAGGCGUACAAAAUGACACAUAAGAAGCAUUCGAACAUAUUCUACGAUCUACCACCGCAUGUGUUUCAAGAUAUAGUGGGCAAGCACCGAAUCAAAUACUUACACGCCAUACCAUUCAUGAAGAUUGUGAACAAGGAAGACCUGAAGGUAGUGACAGCAUCAGUAAAGAUGUUUUACACUUCACCCAAUGAAAUAUUGCUUCACACUGGGGAGCUUACCAAUGAGAUCUACAUCAUCAAAAGUGGCAUCUGUGAGGAAUUCCAAAGGCUGCAAACACCGAUACCUUCAUUCGUCAAGUAUGUUCCACCUCCACCGACGGCGAACCUGAUGCACUUUCGUCUACCCAGAAAACAUCAGCCUGACACAGAAUUCUUGGCUCCCUUCGACAGACUGGGCUUCCUUUCGAUUUUGCGUUACGUGUUUCCCCGGUACACAAUUCGGCCGGAUGGCACUUACCUGGUGCGCUACGAGUGGUUCCGAUUCUUCUGUGCUUUCCUGUCGGCGCAGCUGUUCCCUGCAUAUACCUACUUGGUUCUGCAGUGGCCCUAUCUUUACUUCGUCACACUGUUCCUCGAUUUAGCCGCUUUCUAUGAUAUCUUUCAACGCAUGCUUAUUGGCUAUUUCAAUGAGAAUGGGAUUCUAGUCUAUCAUCCAUCCAGUACCGCGUCAUACUACAUAAAAGGAGCUUUCAUUGUCGACCUGAUUGGUUGCCUCCCUCUUGAGAACUUGGAAUCACCGCGGAGAGAGUUUCUUGGAGAUAAGUUUCGUGUGACUCCGACGACGCAGUUUCUGAUGCUGAACCGUCUGAUCCAGUUGUAUCGCAUGCCGGGAGCCAUGAAAGUCUUGAAAGACUACAUUGGACGUCGAGAUAUUGUCAUGGUUGUGCAUCUGAUACCAAUAUUCAGCGCGAUGCUGAAUUUCUUGACUUGUUUCAUGGUUUUCCACUCCGUGAGGAUAUAUUACAAGGAAUUUGACCGGGGAAAUUCAUACGAGUGGCUGCUACUGCCACUUGAAGAUCAUGGAGGAUCCUGGAUAUAUCUUUUUCAGGACAAAUUUCGCUUCAACCUGACGGAGACGCCAUGGAACCUCCACCUGGGGACCUACUUCUGGGUGGUGUACGAGUGUACCAGUACUGGUUAUGGCAUCUUUAACCCUAGCAAUCAAAAUAUUAUGAGAGUGCUAUUCAUUGGAAUGACGAGCAGUGCAAUGAUAAUCACGUACUACUCGGUUCGAAUCAUCAGUGUUCGGGCAAACGUCAACAAGUCAUUGGCCGGUUUCCAACAACAUAUGAAGGAUAUCAACGCUUACAUGUUUCGUGAGAAACUCAAUACCGAGCUACAGAAAGAGGUGAGGCGUUACUAUGGGUACAACUGGGAGAAGAUGGGUGGUAUUGACUACCGAGGUGUGCUGAAGCUGUGCGACCAGAUCACGCUGCGGACUGACGCCAUAUUGCAUAUCUAUGGACCCACUUUUGCAAAGUGCCCAAUAUUGGUGGAUGCUGAUAUAUCGUUACUCCGCAUCCUGGGACGAGCAGUGCGCAGCGUGUACUUCCUCCGUGGCAUGAAGAUCCUGGAAAUGGAUGACGUGACUCCUGAACUGUACUUCGUCGACCACGGAGGAGUGGAGAUCAGAGUUCCUAUGGGUGACACGAAUUCUCUUCUAAGGUUGCCGAGGGGCAGCAUAUUUGGCAACUUAGACAACACGCCCUACCGCAGAAGCCCGUACAACGUGGUGGCGACCAGUCGCCUACAUCUGUUGAUGAUCAAGUCUGCUGCUUUCGCUAACAUAACUAAAGAUUUCCCUGUUGUAAGGGAGCUCAUGGAAAAAUUCAGAGUGAAAAGGCAUAACAAUAGGAUAGAAAAGAAGAUGUACAUACUGGGCGGCGAGGCCACGAUCCAGGUGAAGCGGCAUCUGAACACCGAUUUCCCACCUCGGACGAAGACCAGCUUCCUUAAGUACAUAUACUUCCAAGAGGGCGCUGUAGUUUACUACUUACUUUUCAUCUGCAUGGGCUGCAUCUAUUUGGACUUAUACAAUGCUGGAUAUGAGGUAACCGUAUACAAAAGCUUGCGCCGUCGCAAAGAAAGUAUCACGGCGAACCUGACGCUGACUACUUUAGUGGCAGUCUCUAUCUGGUUCACAUUAUUUGUACAUACCACGACUUGUAUCUGGUACUUCAUGGCUGUAGUUGAAGACCAGUUGGAGCCAGGCUCCUCCUGGAUCCAUUUAGAUGACGGCACGACUCAUUGUGACAACCAUUACAUCUGUUCUUUAUACUUCGUGCUAACGACGUUCACACAAAACGGUGUUGGUGAUAUCAUGCCCAAGAAACGUUCGGAGGUCGUGUUCGUGGCGAUACUUCAGAUUGUAUCGACAAUGAUGUUCAUGAUAUACGUUGGGGAGUUGUCAAACAUCAUUCAGUACCAAUCCUACCGCUCGUUCAAUUUCUACAGCAAAUACUUGGAGCUGCAGAUGUUUCUGAAAAACAACAGGGUGUCCAAGAAUCUGGUGACAAUUGCGAACAAGUACACCCUUCACUUGUGGCGGGAAAACAGAGGUCUGCAAAUACCCCACUUUUUGGCUCAAGCGCCCCUCUCCCUCCGACUGAGGGUCAUGUCUGCUGCAUACCUACAUCAUAUAACCCGGCAUCAUAUCUUUGAAGAUUGCGAGCCGGCUUUCCUCAGACAGGUGGUGGGAUGUUUGAAGUUAUAUACGUACAACGAAGGUACUUAUAUCAAACACAGUGAGAAUUAUAUCGAGCUUACAUUAUAA